AUGACCCAACAAACCGAGGAGGAUGCGCCAUUGAGCGAGACGACGACUCCGCCGACAACCCCCGUCACUGUCAAGAAAUCUGCUCUCUGCGGGUGAGAAAUUCGAAAAAAUCUUUUAAAAAAUUAUCAAAACGAUUGAUUUCAGAUCUUGUGAAUGCGACAUCGAGAGAUCUUCGCUCGAGGAGGAAGCGCUGGCCGCCGUCCAGGAGCAUGCGUUUGCAGUCUCCGCGAUCGGAGUCAGCGAGAUGCUGCCACGUACUUCGCAGCUCGUCUUCAUCAAUGUGGCCACUCUCGAGAACCACACGCAUUGCAUUGAGCUCACUCGUAAUGAGCGCCUGUCUUUUUCUGAAAAAGUAGUCGACAUCUUCCAGAAAAAGGCUGGCGUGUGGCCUCUCAUCGCAACGACUGCAUGAACGGCGACUUCCGUCAACUGGAAAUCCACACCAAGUACUUCGAAUCUCUUCAUUCUCUUCUCACUGAAAUCUCUCCGCUUUAUCGGUACAUUCGUCCUUCUUUUGUCUGCAUAAAUUGAAUUUUCAGCGAGAAGUUCGGACAGCAACUGAUGGCGAAGUUGAACGAGUUGAAGGAGGAGCAAAGCAAAAUGGAAGAAUGA